AGGAGCAGCAUGAAGUCAAAAACAUUCCUGCCUGCCCUGGCCCAGAAUAUGGUGACUUAGGAGUUACAGGGCGCUUAACCAAUCCCUCAGGAAACCUGAAUGGGGAAAAAAAAAAAGUCCAAUAUGGAGAAUAGCUUUGACAGUGUUUCUUACCUCUCUCCCCAGAAUCUGGGAUCCUCGUCACCAGGCAAAAAGCAAAGCAAGGAAAACACCAUCACAAUAAACUGUGUGACGUUCCCUCACCCAGACACGAUGCCGGAACAGCAGCUGCUGAAACCAACUGAGUGGAGCUACUGUGACUACUUCUGGGCUGAUAAGAAGGACCCCCAAGGCAACGGCACUGUGGCUGGGUUUGAACUGCUGCUUCAGAAACAACUGAAGGGCAAACAGAUGCAGAAGGAAAUGUCAGAAUUCAUCCGGGAAAGCUCCCUGGGAGAAGCGUGGGCUCAGGUGAAGAAGAGCCUUGCAGAUGAGGCAGAAGUUCACCUCAAGUUUUCUGCCAAGCUUCACAGCGAGGUAGAGAAGCCCCUGAUGAACUUUAGAGAGAACUUCAAGAAAGACAUGAAAAAGUGUGACCACCACAUUGCUGACCUGCGCAAGCAGCUCGCCAGCCGCUACGCUGCGGUGGAGAAGGCCCGGAAGGCACUCACAGAGCGACAGAGAGACCUGGAGAUGAAGACCCAGCAGCUGGAGAUCAAGCUGAGCAACAAGACGGAGGAGGACAUCAAGAAGGCGCGGAGAAAGUCCACACAGGCUGGAGAUGACCUCAUGCGCUGUGUGGACCUCUACAACCAGGCCCAGUCCAAGUGGUUUGAAGAGAUGGUGACCACCACGUUGGAGCUGGAGCGGCUGGAGGUGGAGAGGGUGGAGAUGAUCCGGCAACAUCUGUGCCAGUACACACAGCUGCGGCACGAGACGGACAUGUUCAACCAAAGCACAGUCGAGCCUGUGGAUCAACUGCUUCGAAAAGUGGACCCAGCCAAAGACAGGGAGCUGUGGGUCAGAGAGCACAAAACGGGCAGCAUCCGCCCUGUUGACAUGGAGAUCUAGGCGGGUGUGUGCGGCCCCGGGGAGUCCUGCCCCGGAGAGGGGCUGGGGGUCCCAAGGAGAAGAGGUGGGGCUCCCGCUGUGGGGACAAUGCUGAGUGGAGCUGUCCUCUCACCCCCUUUCCUAGUCCACUGAGGAGAGGGAGAGAGCUGGUAACUCCAGAGGGGCAACUCGGAUGGCCCAGCUGGGGGCUGCCCAGUAUUCCCAGGCCAAGAAGAUGGACCCACAGCCCUGCCCUUGUCUCCAAGGCUGAAGCCCCCCAACUCCUGUGCUGUGCUUGCCACUCUGAGAACAAACUGAGGCUGGAACUUCGUGGUCCCUGCUGAGCUCUGUAGGGCUCGCCAAACACGCUGGUGCCCCUGGAAGCCCCAAGGCCCUUUCUCCAGCUGGCCCCUUUGUAUCCAGGGCUUUGGAAAGUCAGGGGAGGGAGGUCUCUGUCUGCAGCCGAGUGUCAGGAUGAGAAUGGUGGACAGAAGGUGCCACUGGGCUCACAGCCACACCCUCAGUCCUCUGCAGCGCCCCCACCUCCUGUUCUUCCUCCUAUAUUCUGGAGCCCACAUUCCCGCUUUUCUCGGCCACUCUGCAUCACCAGGGAUCUUGGGAGGAGGCCUGACUCCUUUCUUCCCAGACUGCCCUGCCUGGAGAGGUCAGGACGGAACUACCUCAUUCGGCAAAUUAGCCCCAAGUAGGAGCACUGAAUCAUGUGUGUUCUCAGAUCAGGCAUCAUCUGCAGUCUCCUCUAGAAAUCUCAGUGCAC